AUGGAGCCUGACCCCCCACAGCCCUUCUGCUGGGUUCUGAUUGGGGGCUGCAAGGACACAAGCGGAGCGGGUGGUCUGGCGGCCUGCCCCGGCAGCCCGGAGGGAACUCUUUGCCCCGGCUCGGCGCAGCGCCGCAGCCUCACAACCCGCCGCGCUGCUCACAACCCCCUCGCACCUCCACAAGCGCUCCAAGCGCUCCCCGCGGGGCCGCGCCCGCAGAGCCGAGCGGAGCCGCCCCGCCCGGUCCCAGCCCAUCGCUGGGGUCUCCGCCCCGCUCUUCAACGCCGGCGCUGCGGCCGCACGGGGCAGGGAGGUGCUGCGGUGCUCGGCAUGGCCGGUCUGGCGCGGCGCCUCGCGGCCCUCCUGCUGCUGCUCUGCGGCUGCCUCUACCCCUGCCGGGCCGGUCUGUACGUCAAGGAAGGGCAGCACUGCUACAAGCCGGCCCCGCGCAGGGCGCCGGGGCUGAGAACCUACCCCCGGCCUCACGAGUACCUGGACAUCGCCAAGCUCCCGCAGAGCUGGGACUGGAGGAACGUCAAUGGCGUCAACUACGCCAGCACCACCCGCAACCAGCACAUCCCUCAGUACUGCGGGUCCUGCUGGGCCCACGGCAGCACCAGUGCACUGGCAGAUCGAAUCAACAUAAAGAGGAAAGGUGCAUGGCCUUCUGCCUAUCUCUCCGUGCAGAAUGUGAUUGACUGUGCUAAUGCAGGAUCCUGUGAAGGUGGAGACCACACGGGUGUUUGGAUGUAUGCCCAUGACCAUGGGAUUCCAGACGAGACCUGUAACAACUACCAAGCUAAGAACCAAAAAUGCAAGAAGUUUAACCAGUGUGGAACAUGUGUCACUUUUGGAGAAUGCCACGUGAUUAAGAACUACACCCUCUGGAAAGUUGCUGACUAUGGUGCUGUCAGCGGGAGGGAAAAAAUGAUGGCAGAAAUCUAUGCUAAUGGACCAAUUAGCUGUGGUAUAAUGGCUACUGAGAAGCUGGAUGCUUACACUGGAGGACUCUAUACCGAGUACAACCCCUCACCCACAGUGAAUCACAUUGUAUCUGUGGCUGGCUGGGGUGUAGAAAAUGGAACAGAAUACUGGAUUGUUCGUAACUCAUGGGGUGAACCCUGGGGUGAAAGAGGGUGGCUCAGAAUUGUGACAAGUGCAUAUAAAGGUGGAAGAGGAGCAGAGUACAACCUUGCUGUUGAAGAGGACUGCGCAUAUGGAGAUGUUAUCCUUCCUUGACUCUACGCUGUACACCUUUUUUUUUAGUAACUUUGGAAUCUUCCCAGCACAACCUUGUUCUGUUUAAAGAAAAGCCUAAAACUUUCACAGAGCAGCUCUAUCAUGCUGUUGUGCAAAACUAGCCCAGAUAAUGCAACACCGAGUCUUCAAAGUAAAACAAAUAAAAGCUGCCUUCAGAAAAUAAUUUGGAAUUUAAAAAUUAAAGAAGUAAUUUACCUAUGAAAACGGUUGUCUGCCUUGUUGCACAGUACUUUAAUCAGACUGUCUUCCAAAUCUUUGUGUGUAUAUAUAUGUACUUUUUUAUAAAGACAAAUUGCAUAGUGUACUAAGACAGAAAAAGUACACACAGUAUUUGGAUCUAGAGCUUAUACUAAAGUAACAAAUAAUUGUAUGAUAUUAUUUGCUUAAUACUUUAUGCAGAUUUAAAAACAAACUUUUAACUCUGGACACGAUAGGCUCAAAAACUAAAUCCUCUUUAGUCUACUAGUGAAAAAAAUGUUGCUGUAAGUCUUAUUGUUUUUGUCCAACCAAAGCGAUAGCAGGAUUUAAAUCUUUCAUUUGUUCCAAUUCCUUGCUUUAAUUUAUGACUAGCUUUCAUAUUUUGCUUCUAGAAAGGCAAAGUAUAAACUGCUACAAGCCAGAGCUUUCCUCCUGCUCACCAAUAUGAGGAAAGGCUGCAAAAUUCUCUUCCCUAAAGCUGAGUCAAUUACUAAGUGGCAAUCAGUGCUAUAGCAAGUGUCACUAACUGCCAUUGUUAAUUGUAUUUAAUAAACUGACAACAUUAUCUUA